AUGAGCGUGCUUGCAGCCUCCAGUGACUCCGAUCUCGACCUGUCUUCGCUACAUACCUGGCUAAACCUGCACCUCCAAAAGCGGACACGCGAUGCCACGUGCUGGGUAUGUGGCGGUAGCGGUCUCUUAAUCUCUCGCUCGCCCUCGCACCCUCGCAGUAACGCCCCAACACUCCGAAUCCUAUACCUUCGCCAUCUCCUCAGCGUCACAAUUGACGAACUCGCCUGGAUCAACAUUGUGCCCCUGACUCUUGUGUUCGAGCGUUUUUCACCCCCGUCUGCCACAUCUUGA